CACUCUCAAUCAGAACAGUUUCAAAAAGGGGGGAAAUGUCUUCGCUUGCUUCAGAUCCGGUUCACAUAAUCCAUCCCGAACCGAUCGAUCACUUCGACCGUCUCCCGGACUCUAUUCUCCUCUUAGUUUUCAACAACAUCGGCGACGUUAAAGCUCUCGGCCGUUGCUGCGCCGUUUCGCGCCGGUUCCAUUCACUCAUCACGCAAGUUGAAAACGUCGUCGUUCGUGUGGAUUGCGUCAUCUCUGACGACGAUUGUUCCCCUUCUUCCUCCUCCUACGACAAGUCACGCUCCGCCGGUCCGAUUUCUAGCCUCUUCUGGUUCCUUUUAGGGGGCAUUGUUAAGCCCUUCCAAACUUUGGUUCAAAUUCUCGGUCCUAAACGGUCCGCUCUCAAUGAAGCCCUUAACACCCAUUCAUUAUCUUCUUCCUUAUCUGUUGGUCCCGGGGCUGAUGCUAUUGAUGGGGAAAUGGAGCAAGGUGGGGUGACGCAUCAUUCUCCGACCCAAGUACUUAGAAAUUUCAACGAGAUUCGUUUCCUCCGGAUCGAAUUACCCAGCGGCGAGUUGAGUAUCGAUGAUGGGAUUCUAUUGAGAUGGAGAGCCGAUUUCGGGUCAACCCUUGAUAACUGCGUCAUCCUCGGAGCUUCUUCCGUUGAUAAGAAUGUUAAUUUGCAAUUAAAGGACUGUAGGAACGGUGGGUUUUGCCCAAAUAAUAGCAUCGCCAACGCUGAUGAUAAUGGUCGUUUUCCCGAGUCGUUUUAUACCAACGGAGGCUUGAAAUUAAGGGUCGUUUGGACGAUUAGCUCGUUGAUCGCGGCAUCGGCGAGGCAUUAUUUGCUUCAACAGAUAAUCGCAGAGCAUAAGACACUUGACAGCUUGGUUUUAACUGAUGCGGAUGGACAAGGGAUGCUUUGUAUGAACAGAGACCAGCUUGAGGAGUUGAGAGUGAAGCCGUUGUCUGCUUCUUCUGCUUCGAAAAGGACGCUGGUGCCGGCUCUGAAUAUGAGGCUUUGGUAUGCUCCUCAGUUAGAAUUGCCUGAUGGGGUUGUUUUGAAAGGUGCUACUUUGGUUGCUAUUAGGCCAAGUGAAAUGUCUGCUUCAAAGAAAGAAAUUCCUGAUGCUUCUUGGUUGUCAACUGCUUUUGAAGAGCCUAAUGGGACUGCAGCUAAGAUGCUUGUUAAGAGAAGGACUUACUGUUUGGAGAUGAACUCGUUUUGAUGUCUUCUUCCUUAUCUUUGAAGGGAGAGAUGUCUAGCACAAUGAUCAAGGGG